AUGGCGCGCCGCAAAGCUGAGUCCGCGCCAACCUGCCAGUACACGUACAAGGUGUGCUCGAACCUUCGGUCGACCAAGCGCAACGGCACUCUCCACCUCCUCUGCGACUACCACCGCAAGAAGGCCAACGCGAUCCAGCGUGCCAGCAACCACCACGUGCCCACGUCGCUGCUGUCGACGCGCCACCAGUAG